UGUACUGGGGGCCUCUCCCUGGGUUUCUACUUCUCUCCCUAUCUGUGUUCCUACAUGAGUAUGUCUGUGUGUCUCUGAGCGUCUGUCCCUCGCACUUUGAGUGUCUCCCUGUUCUCUGUUUCCUCUGGAUCUCAGAGCGUCCAGGCAUUGCACUCUGACUGCCUCGGUCUCGCCCUCGCCCCAGUCUCGCUCGGCGGUCCCCCGCCCUCCGCCCCAGGCGUCCGUGGCCCCUUUAAGGCGUGCUCCGCCCCCGCCCCGCCAUUCCCCGGGUCAGUGCGGUAGCGCCCGGUCCUGCCGGCGCUCGGCCUCGGCUCAUUCCUGACCCCGCAGUGGGUGCGAUGGCGGGGGCUGUAUUGAGGGUCGCCCGGCGGCAGCUGAGCCAGCGCGGCGGGUCUGGAGCCCCCAUCCUCCUGCGGCAGAUGUUCGAGCCCGUGAGCUGCACCUACACGUACCUGCUGGGUGACAGAGAGUCCCGGGAGGCCGUUCUGAUCGACCCGGUCCUGGAAACAGCGCCUCGGGAUGCCCAGCUGAUCAAGGAGCUGGGGCUGCGGCUGCUGUAUGCUGUGAAUACCCACUGCCACGCGGACCACAUUACAGGCUCGGGACUGCUCCGUUCCCUCCUCCCUGGCUGCCAGUCUGUCAUCUCCCGCCUUAGUGGGGCCCAGGCUGACUUGCACAUUGAGGAUGGAGACUCCAUCCGCUUCGGGCGCUUCGCCUUGGAGACCAGGGCCAGCCCUGGCCACACCCCAGGCUGUGUCACCUUCGUCCUGAAUGACCACAGCAUGGCCUUCACUGGAGAUGCUCUGUUGAUCCGUGGGUGUGGGCGGACAGACUUCCAGCAAGGCUGUGCCAAGACCUUGUACCACUCGGUCCAUGAAAAGAUCUUCACACUUCCAGGCGACUGUCUGAUCUACCCUGCUCACGAUUACCAUGGGUUCACAGUGUCCACCGUGGAGGAGGAGAGGACUCUGAACCCUCGGCUCACCCUCAGCUGUGAGGAGUUUGUCAAAAUCAUGGGCAAGCUGAACUUGCCUAAACCUCAGCAGAUAGACUUUGCUGUUCCAGCCAACAUGCGCUGUGGGGUGCAGACACCCCCUGCCUGAUCUCACUUCUGUCAGAUGCUCCCAUCGGUAUUAAUGCACUAGGCGGGAGGAGAGGGCGGCGUCGACACUGCACCUCUCCUUUCCCACCCCAUUCCCGAAUCCCAGCCCCUGGAGCUUCCUAAAUAAAACUUUUUUUAACAUGA